GUUGUUUCGGCCUUUUUACAGUUCGGCCCUAGGUUUGUUCGGCCUCAAGUUUUUUCGGCCUUUUGUCGUUUCGGCCUUAGAUACCAAGUCGUUUCGGCCCAAGUUUCGUAAGCUACAAAAUACCGACAAUGUGAUGUUGUUUUUGUUAAUAUAGAUGUGUAUUGAAUUUAUGAGACUUUAAUGAAGAGGAAAUUUUGUAUGAUGAGGAAAUAAUUGGAGGUAGGCCUAGUGUUAGAAAAGAUUAUGAAAUAUAUGCAAAAUUGUUCGAACUUUCUUUUCCAUUAUGUUUGACAAAUUGUGAUACCAUGAUCAUUGAGAAUAGUUUUUGAAAUCAUCAAGGCAAACUUUUAACCCCGAAAUAUAAUGAUUUCUUAACAAAUUUGUGCCGUAAAAUUUCAAUUUAGCAUUUGUGAAGACACUACAAACAAUUGUGCAUUUUUUGUUAGUAUAUCUAUAAAAAAUUAGCUACAAGUAAUACUACACUAACUUUAUUCAAAAAGGUAUUUUUUCAAUGAAAUAUAUUUAGUGAAAAAAUAAACAAUUAUGACUCAUGACCAGGUAUUGUAUGCUGUAAACUGAUAUGUUGUUAUUUGCGUAGUUAGUGUAUGUUAGGUUCAGUUAGUAAUUUACGGGUGAAUACAAUGAUGUUGAUAAUAAAAUCUACAGUAGAGACCACGAGUAUUCCCCAACACACGGUGUAAAAUGUCCGUGAACACGGUGUAUGUGUAUUUCGAAUACACAAGAAGACUGCCUUGUCUAAAAAGUUAGUCCCUGAUACCCACCGUGAGAUCAGUAUCUUGUUUAGAAAAAAUGUACUAAACGAUUAAAAAAGCAAUGAUUUCUUUCUUUCCCGGAGAAAUAAAUGGCAAAAUCUUUUAAUUUCUUGAAUUACUUAAUUAUUACUUGAAUUACUUUAUUGGGAGAACUUAAUUUUUUCCAAAAACUCUUAAACUUUAUGUAAUUUUAUUCAUUUUACCUUAUAAAAAAUUAUAGAAAAUAGUACAAAAUUUUUGAUGAAGUGAUAGCGGUUUAAAAUCAGUGAAACUGCAGGGUAUGGUCAUUUUUUAAGUUAACAUUUUUCAUCGACUUGAUGCAUUCAGCUACAAAGCUUUAUCCCAUCUUUCACCUUGAUGAACAGAAUUAUUUAUUUUUUUCUAUCAGAAAUUCAUAUUAUGAAUUAUUUUUUACUAUAAAUGUAACGUGUUCAACUUUGUAUACAAAUAAAGAAGUCGAUCAACAGAGACGCGAGUGAUUGAUUCCAUACUGAAGUGUUGUAAAAUCUUAUUUAAAAGUGUAGAUGAAUAUUAAUGAGUCAACUAUCAUGGAAAAUUGUUUAACCAUAUUAAACUAAACACUUGAUUGUAAUACACGAGGUCCGCGUGCUUCAAUGCUUGAAAUUCGGUCACGGCCUCCCGGGAAGCUGAUUCACACUUUUACGCAUGGAAAUAUGUUGCAAAAUUGCUGUACAUGUAUAGUGUAUGUCCAAUUCUUCGGUUUUGUAAAUUAGCUGUGCGUAGGAUACCCAACAACAUUAGCUGUAGAAUUUUGUAAUACUAUUUCUAAGGGUUUAAAAUAUUUAAUGAUAACCGAUGUGAUCUCUCUCUCUCUCUCUCUCUCGCGCGCGCGCGCCGACCAAACCUAUUAAGUGAGGACGUCCUCACAAUGUGUAGAAGAUAAUACACACAUAUACUAUUCCAAAGGCAAAAAAGUACUAUGUUAGGUAUAGCUAUAGGGAUACCUGUAAAAGUUUAUCUAAUACUAUCUCUCUCUCUCGCGCGCGCUCUCGCUCGGGAUGUUUUAGAUUCAGUUGUGCCUUCCUUAUUUUAAUGCAUCUAAAUUAAAAAAUAAUUCAAUAUAGAAAUUAGAAAAAUGUUAAUGAUCGAUAGCGUAUAUGAAACCAUCAUCGCAAACCACGGGUUAUUGUUUCAUUCUAUUUCACAAACGUUUGUGAAAUAGAAUGAAAUAAUAGCCCGUGGUUUGCGACGAUGAGAGAGAGAGAGAGAGAGAGAGAGAGAGAGAGGGGGGGGGAGGAGUUCCCUCCCACUAUUUUUGACGACGAUAUUAAAGAUAUAUUGGGUCCCCCACCUAUGUUGAUAGUAGCAGUGAUGGAAUGUGAGAACAAUGUACAAUAUUACAUUUAUGCUUGAAAGUUAUUAAUUCAAUCCAUGUAGUGACCCAUGCACCCACUUCACAAAUCAUCAGGUGGGGGAUGCAGUUUAAGUUACCCUCACCCACCCAUGUACACGAUUUAGGGUUUUGAAGUUCGGACAAAAGCACAAUUUUUUGUUGUUAUUGUUUACUUUUGAAUUUUGGAUAAGUCAACAUGCAACAUGCCCCCUCUCAUACUUUGAAAAAGAUAAGUAAUGUUAGCAGGAGGCUCUGAAAAGUUCAAUCUGCAGUUUGAUGAUGUUUUAUCAUUCAAUAAAAAUUGUUUAUCAGGACUGCUUGAUUUAAUUAAACAAUAUUUUAUGUAGUUAUAUAAUGUAAACAAGAUAAAAUA